AUGUUAGCCAUAAUAUUAUCCGACUGGCUGACGUUUCUAAGACGCAUUAGCUUACCAAAUAUAAUUUCAACUAGGUUAGGGUCUACCGCAGCACUCGAUUUACCGGCUAUCAAUCACAAGAGCAGCUUAAGGCCACAUUGCAGAAUAUAA